CUUGUAGAAUUUAUUUAUGACAAUUUUACUAAAACUAUCCUGGGAGAGAGACUUAUGGAUAGAGGGGGACAAAACCGAUAAAUAUAAUCAAAUAGGUUUUCUAUUUUCCCUCUCCAGAAAGAACUGUCGAAGUGGGAAAUUUAACUCAUAAGGAAUGGCGUUGAGUCGCUGCUUUUCCGGCAGCCGAAUGAUGAAUUUCCCGCGGAGCACAAUAUCGGCGCAGUGGCCAUCCGACGACCCAGCCGGAAAAUCUGCGGCGGAGGAAUUCACGCCGCUGGCAGUCACGUUUCGGCGGAGGCUGAUUGUUGGGAUCGGAUCGGCUUCUCUGGUGGCCGUUGGCGCAAAUUUCGCCGGCGUGACGAGCUUUCUGCUCGGUCUGUCGCCGGAAAACAGUCGGCGAUUGAGACUUGAUGUUGUUUAUCCAAUUGGAGGCUACAGUCGGUGCUUGGAUGCCAAUGAAGGAUUUGAGUUCAUAUACCCGGCGAGUUGGGUAGGCGACCAGAGGUUGCUGUAUCGAGCAGCUGAAAAAUCGGAAUAUGAACGAUCACUGGACCCUCCACCCUUGACUGGUUCCACCAUGGAUCGUCGUCGUCGUCAGAAUGUCAAUGAGCCAGUGGUUGCAUUUGGUCCUCCGGGAUCGAGUGGAGAGCUCAAUGUUAGCGUCAUUGUGUCUCCGGUACCUCUUGAUUUUUCAAUUGAAGCAUUUGGAGGUCCAAAUGAAGUAGGGGAAGCUGUGAUCAGGACUAUUACAAGGGCCAGCAAACGCUCUGAUCUUAAAGGAACCUUGAUACAAACAACUCUGAGAGAGGAUUUGCUAGGCAAAUACUAUGAACUGGAAUUUAAAGUGGAAAGCUCCUCGUUUCGGAGGCACAACAUUGCAGUUUGUUGUGCUCGUCGGGGCAAAUUAUAUACACUGAAUGCCCAGGCACCUGAAUCAGAAUGGCUAGGUCUAAAAUCAGAGAUGAAGACAAUUGCCAAUUCUUUUUGCCUCUCAGCUUGAAGGUUGUUAUGUGGUAUUACUGUGGGGUGGGAUUUCGGAAUUUUUUGGAGAGGGUACUGCAAAAUUUAGAACAAUGUAAAACUCAUUAUCUUGCCAUUUAUAAAACUAUAUUGGAGAUGUUACAAUGUUUCUA